AUGCCAGCCGUGGAGCAGGCCCUGCGGGAGGUCAGCGGCGACUUGCGGCAGGUCAUCUGUCGGUUCAAGCAGGACGCGGAGGUGGUCAAGGCUUGGGACAGCAUCCUCGGGAUCCUCGGUGGCAAGAAGGAGCUCCUGCGGGUCACCACGGUCGCGCCGACCAGGGUCGGCGCUUCGCCGCAGAAUCGCGGCGGCUUGGGCUUCGAGGUGCAGAAGAGCUUGUCGAACCUCGGCAAGCACUGCAGGGCUGGCUGGAGCUACCCGCGAGCCUGCCAGGGCGCGUUCGCCGUGGAGGUUCCGACCACUGAUGAUGCGUGCGGCGGCUGGAUUUCUUGGAAUGAAGAGCACAGCAUGAAGUGCGGCCUCCCACCUUGCGAGAAGAUGGAAUUGGCUUCCUUCGGCGGCACGCACUCCAACGUGACUCUGCGCGCCAUCCAGGCCGCCUUGCCAUGCACCGAUGAGACCAUCGCGCCCAGCGGCUCUUUGGAUUCGCAGUUCCUCAUCACCAAAUGGCCGAGCCUGAACACAGCGCUUUCCAGGGGGCUGGAAUGGACCGUGGUCAAUUUUGAAGUCAUCAAAGCCUUCCCAGAGGUCAUCCAGAUUGGUUACGCGGCUUUGAACCGCGUGGACACGUCUGAGGUCUCGGAGCUCGAGGGCUUGCUGACCAUGCACUCGACGUUCAAACAGCAUGUGGAGGAGCUCAAUGUGCAGGACGACAAGCUGGCGUGGCAGGCCGCGGUCGAUGGCGCGUUGCUCACGAACCCGUUCUGGGCAGCAUGGGCACAGUCCUUGAAGAAGUUCGCCAGCGUUGUCCCGAGGGAGUUGGUGGAGGAGGCUCGCGACAUGAAGGUGGCGCUGUUCAAGGCGCCGCGCGGAGCUGGUGUUUCCUUCGGCCACGUCGGCGGCGUCUUCUUCGACAAGCUGGCGUCGCUGAGCUGGCCGAAAUCAGUGGUUCCGCCGAUGAGGAUCCGAGUUGCAGCGCUGUUCGCGCAGAUGGGUUCCCCCAUCGAGAAGGUGAUUGACAAUAGGGCGUGCUUGCUGAAGGAUGCUGACCUGUCGAAGCUGACUGCGAAGUCCAUCUACGACGACGUGCAGCGGGCCGAGAGCAUGAUGGAGCAGGCCCGCACCAUGUGCGACAACUACGGGCUCGACAAAAUCAAGAAGCUUGAGUUGACGGGCCAGCACGACAUUCGGCUGGCGCUGUUCCUUAUGAAAAAGGGUAAGGCCAGCAAGGAGGGCGUGGAGCACAAGUCCCUGGACGCUGCCUUCCAAGUCUUCGUCGACGACUUGGCUGCCAUUACGGGCAUUGCGAUCGACAACCCCUUCCUCCCGCGCCACAGGAUCGGCGCGAAGCAAGUCGCCAAGAGCAAACCCGAAGCGCCCGAGCAGGCGAAACACUUGGCGCUGCAGCAGUUGCAAGAUGCCAGGUCACCCGCGUUUCAGAUGAUGCAGCUUGGGUUCAAGCUUGGUGCUGUGGUCAAAUUGAAAAAACCUGAUCCUGAAUGCCAGUGCAACUUGUGGACCGUGAAAGAUUUGGGCGUCGCCACGGCCAUCCUCUCCCCGACUGGCGUGCACGAAAGCUUGUUGGAGGAUAAAUCCGUAAUGUUGGCCAACCUCAAGGACCUCUGGUGCGUGUCUACCAGUAAGCCGCAGGAGGAGGUCGACGUCACCAGCGUGGUUCCCGAGACGAACUGGGGCUGGGCACUUGAUUGCAUGAAGGCGCAGAUCACCAUCGUCCUCAGCGCUCUGAGCGAGAAUGCUCAUUGGAACCACAUCAACCACGACUUGAAAGUGUACCACAACCCUUACGCUGUGGUUGCGAAACGGGAUUUCAAAGCAGGCGAGAUCACGCUUGUGCCAGCGACACAACUCAUUAAGACCCGUUUGCCAGACCAGAAGGCCCCAGAUAGGGCAAUCGAUUUGGGUGAAUUAGUGCGGGUACCUCGCACGAUUUUCCACCUCAUGCCGCAGUUCGCGGUCGGCAAGGGCGAUAAUCAGAAUUUCGUAUCACCAUUUUGGUGUGUUCCGUUUGCAAACCAAGUGUGGCAGCCCAACCUCACUACGGUUUGGAUGACCCACAAGAUCAACUUGCAUCUCAAGACUGGCGAUGACGCAGAUGAGAUGGAGGUCAAGCUGCCCAUGCUGAAGAACCACCGAAAGGUAAAGGAGGGCGAGAUGCUGUACCAGGGCGUCCCAGUUCCUCACGAGACACCGUCUAGUGAAAUCGGCUCGCCAGCGAAGCGGUCCCGCCGCUAA